GCCGCGAUUAUCACACCUCCUCCGCCUCCGACAAGAAGAUGGUACGGACUGAAGGGGUUACAGCUCGACUCGCUGCGGGACUUUUAAGUGCGCGCCCAUAAUGCCAUAUUACACCAGGUUGUUAUUUUUACUUUUUUGUUUGAUCCUCAUCGUGGAGUGCCGGAAACACAAAAGCAGGAAAAAGCGUUGGUCCACACCGGCGGAUGCGCACAAGCCAGGCUCCCCCCUGUCCAAGAAGGUGGUGGACGGAACCAAGACGCGCAAGGUGAAGACCGACCACCUCCUGCGCGUGGACGAUCAUGACUUCACCAUGAGACCCGCCUUUGCAGGUCCAGCCGUCCCCGUCGGAGUCGAUGUCCAGGUGGAGAGCUUGGACAGCAUCUCAGAGGUGGACAUGGACUUCACCAUGACCCUGUAUCUGAGGCACUACUGGAAGGACGAGAGGCUGGCCUUCCCGAGCGCCACCAACAAGAGCAUGACCUUCGACGGGCGCCUCGUGAAGAAGAUCUGGGUGCCCGACGUGUUCUUCGUCCACUCCAAGAGGUCUUUCAUCCACGACACCACCACCGACAACAUCAUGCUGCGGGUGUUCCCCGACGGUCACGUCCUCUACAGCCUGAGGGUUACAGUUACGGCUGCAUGCAACAUGGACUUCAGUCGGUUUCCUUUGGACUCGCAGACGUGCACGCUGGAGCUGGAGAGCUACGCUUACACCGAUGAAGACCUGAUGCUGUACUGGAAGAGCGGAGACGAGUCUCUGAGCACCGACGACAGGAUCUCUCUGUCUCAGUUCCUCAUCCAGAAGUUUCACACGACCUCCAGACUGGCUUUCUACAGCAGCACAGGCUGGUACAACCGUCUGUACAUCAACUUCACGCUGCGGCGGCACAUCUUCUUCUUCCUGCUGCAGACCUACUUCCCUGCCACGCUGAUGGUCAUGCUGUCCUGGGUGUCCUUCUGGAUCGACCGCAGGGCCGUGCCUGCCAGGGUCUCAUUAGGUAUAACCACGGUGCUCACCAUGUCCACCAUCAUCACCGGUGUCAACGCCUCCAUGCCCAGGGUCUCCUACAUCAAAGCUGUGGAUAUUUACCUCUGGGUCAGUUUCGUCUUUGUCUUCCUGUCGGUGCUCGAAUACGCUGCCGUCAACUACCUGACGACCGUGAGGGACGGCAAAGACCGGAAGCUCAGAGAAAAAGUCCGAGAUCAGUCCCAGCCGCUCCCCUGCACCUGCGGCAUGUCCCACGCCAGGACCAUGAUGCUGGACGGGACGUACAGCGAGGCGGACGCCAACAGCCUGGCGGGGUACACCCGGGCCCCCAUGGUGGCCGAGGACUCGUCGGAGAAACAGGAGCGCAUGGUGGUGCAUCUCUCCCUGGACAACGAGUCGACGGGAACCAAGAAGAAGGGCAUCCGCAGCUUCCGGAUCAUCCAGAACACCCACGCCAUCGACACCUACUCCCGCAUGAUCUUCCCCGGCGCCUACAUUUUCUUCAACCUCAUCUACUGGUCUGUUUAUUGCUGAGCUUCUCCAAUUCCCGGCGGACAAAAACGCCGGAGGUUUCAUCGAUCCAAGUUGAGAGAUAAUCGUUUCCACCCGGCGCUUCGAGGCGAAGGGACGAGUUACACGUCGUGGAUGAGUGAACAGAAGACAUCCGGCUCUUCUGGAUGCAAGACCUUCUCAUCCCCCGGCUCGCACCUCGACGCCGGACUCAUUUGCUUGUACAGAUUUCCUCCUUUCUGACAUUUUAUCACGAGCUCAACGUUGCCCCGUUUUCCCUCAACCCUCCUGACUCGAUUUCCCCAAGGUAGCAUCGUCCUCUGAAGCUUUCUAUCAUCACCAACAAGCUCAAACUCAAGCGGGCAUGGACUCGGUCGCCUCUGCCGCUGUAAACGUCAGAACUGACUGAGUCACACCGAUGAAUGUGUCCCGAGCAGGUGACUAAUGAGGCAACAUGUGAACUAAACAACCAGGCUUUCUUCCCUUAGCAACACGCAGGCUUUUGCUGACAAGGUCUGAAUUAGCGUGACAGUAAUUACUGACCCUUUGUUACUCACGGACGGCUGUUCGGUCGCAGUCAAACAGCACACAAAAACCACAAAAAGCAGGACUCUCACCGUACAUUUCCAACGGGUUUGUGCUUGAAAUACAUCACUGUUACUGAGCAAAAAAGUUCUUUAUUUAUUUACAGGCUUGAUCACUCAUUAAAUCAAUUUAUUUGGUACUUAUGACGAUUUUUUUUUCUUUUUAAGUGCACCAGUCAAUCCGUAUGGCAUCACACCUUAAGUUGGCGAGCAUGAAAGGUCACGGUUUGCAUAAAAUGGCUUGACGUUGGAUGGAAAUGUGUAUUUGACCCAGAGAGCAUGUGUGGUAAACAGAGAAGGAGAGUUUGUGCGAGCCGCUGUUAAGCUCGAUGCACACGGCAAGACGCAGAUAUGUUUCCAGCUGCAUAUUUCUUAGAAGGGAUUUAAAAAAAAAAAAAAAAAAAAAAAACAUCUGAAGCUUUAUCAGUGAUGUAACGAACCGCCUUAAGUGAACAUUUUUUUUUUUAUAAAUAUAAAUGUCACCAUGGUUUCAUGGCUGGUUUUGCUUGUUUGUUUGUUUAUUUGGAUAUCAUGAGUGACUGCAUAGUUCUGUUUUUUUUUUUUUUUUUUUUUCUAUGCAGUUUUCCAUUCAGGAUUUAAUCACAGGGGUAAGUAAUAGUUACUGAAGAGAGCCAGGGGCUAUACUUAAACUGACGAUGCUGUGAUGUGUUUUCAGCCAUCGCAAGCAGUGCUUUUGACAUUUGGACAGUUUCACUCCACCAUUCGAUAUAUUUACUCGCUAAUUGAAAAGUACGAGUCGAUACUUCACAAAAACAAAGAUGAUUCUACCCUCAAAAAGCACAGCCAUUUUGGAGCCAUCUCAAGCCGACGCAUAAAGUUUCUUGGUAACCAACAAUGUGCUUUAGUUUCAUGCCGGCAAUCAUUCGCUUAAGAGUGUCUUUUUGUUUGUUUGUUUGUUUGUUUUUCAAAUGGUGCAGAUCUCAUUUUGGAAUGAAACUCGUGUCAUCAAGUUGGAUGAAUUCCUAGUGCAAAAAAAAAAAAAAAAAAAAAGUUGGAAAAGCAACAACGACGACGACAACAAAAGCAAGAUCAUGCAGAUGUUGGUCUGACGGCUUCCAAACCGAUAUCAGGUCUAAAUGCGUCUUCACAAAAUGUUUAGAAUGUAUGCUUUCAGAGCAGAUUUCAUAAAUAAAGUCUUUCUUUCACACGUUUAAAUGAGUCCUGGUUUAUGCCGCAAUGAAAGACUCGGACAAGAACCAGUCAAAGCAUCGAGGAUAUUCCCACAGCGCCGGCGAGCUCCUCCAACCCUCAGCGACAGCCGAGGCGAAGCAGCAACUUUGCUGGAAACGCAGCCGUGAACUUCCAAGAAUAAAUACCGGACCCAAUCUUCCUGUGUGACGCACAUCCGUCCUUAAUCCAGAUUUUAGAGAGCACUCCGGCCUUAUCUAAUCCCCAAAUAUACAAAUCAUGUCAGAUUUUUUUCUUCUGUGCUACCACUUCUUAGACUGUGCAGCCAUAAAGCAACUGAUCCCAGACU